AUGGCUAGGAUCCACACGGACGCAGGGAGUCGGGAGCAGCUGCCAGAGUGGAGCAAUCAUGGAACUCUAUCUGGAGUCGGAGCGGUGCACGGAAAAGUCGAGACACAGGGUGAACCCAGCCCAGAGGGGGCAGAGUGGCCGGCAGAUCUGGACCCUGAACUAAGGGAAUUCCUGGAGUUGGAACUGGCACUCUUUGAGGGGCUGCAGAGAUUCUCGCACAUCGCGGAGCACAGGAUCCGGCUAAAGGACGACAAGCCAUUGAAGCAAAGAUAUUAUCCAAAGAAUCCGGCCAUGCAGAGGGUGAUCGACGACAAGGUAGGUGAGCUGAUCCAGACGGGUGCCAUCGAGCCGUCGCGUAGUCUGCACAGCACCCCAAUCGUCUUAGUCAAGAAGAAGACUGGCGAGUGGCGCAUGUGCAUUGACCAGACGCUUAUCCGGAGGCAUAUCCUGUCCCCCGGAUUAAUCACCCUAGAUUUUUUAGCACAGGUAUUUAAAGAUACCGAUGGCAGCCAAUAG